CCUUCCUGCUUUCCUCUGCGGUUCGGCACCGGAGUUCCCAGACCACGUCACUGCAGCAAGGGCUUGUUGCCAAAACAUCUCUGACCUCACCCCCGUGGCCUGAAGUGAAGCUCCCAGAUCCAGGGGAAGAAGCGAAGCAUCAUGCAGAAGUGGUGCAAAAGGUGAACAGGAUGAUCGCCGCAGGGCAGUACGGAAGGCUCUUUGCUGUGGUCCACUUUGCCAGCAAGCAGUGGAAGGUAACCAGCGAAGACCUGAUUAUGAUGGACAACAUCCUGGAGGCUGAAUGCGGAGACCGGAUCCGGAUGGAAAAGGUUUUGCUGGUUGGUGCCGACGACUUCACGCUUGUUGGACGGCCGCUCCUGGGGAAAGAGCUCGUCCGUGUGGAGGCUACUGUGAUUGAAAAGACGGAAUCGUGGCCAAAGAUCAACAUGCGCUUCUGGAAGAGGCACAACUAUCAAAGGAAGAAUAUCAUCAGGAACCCACAGACUGUCCUCCGGAUAAACACCAUAGAAAUUUUCCCCUGUUUAUCGUGAGUGAUUGAUUGGGUGUUGUGGGGCUUAGAUUUAUUAUUGCUUUAGGCAAUCAUGGAAAUAAAACUGCCUUGUCACUGGAAAGUUCUGAACUUCUUGCUGUUGUCGGGAAUGGAAAUCUAUAUGUCCUUUCUUUUUAGAAAAACAAAAUGAAAUAUUUUUUUAAACUAUUAUUUCAGC